AGCUCAUCGCCCUUGACUCCUUCCUUGCGGCUAUAUCUGAAGACUGCUCUCUUCUCAGCUCACUCUCCUCUCCACAAAUGGCCUCGCCACACCUCCAGACAAUGCUUCGUGCAUUGUUCCUGAUCGCUGGCUUCGGUUUUGUCAUUCUCACCAUCUCCGUCCUGCUUUCCUCGCGUUCUUCAGAAUAUGGCACCAUUAUUCCCCUUCGCCUUAGUGGGGCCAAUUCCCCUCCCCACAUCCCGGACGACGUCGGUAUCGACUCAAACAACCCGGACUUUUUACGCACUGCAACCAUCAAGCAGUACGAGGAGAGCAAACUGCUACAAGCGGACCCUCUGCCCCUGCGCCAUCUCCAGUACUGCUCAAAUCCCAAGCACGCGUUCGACGCCGCCACCAUUGUCUCCUCAGAAUCCGGCACCGAGGGCACCCUCGCGCGCAUAUUGUUCCCCUCCCACGAUCUCGAUGCCCCCAAGAACUACAACCCUACCGUUCUACCUUACCCUCCUGGCUCGAAAGAUCCCUACUUUGUCCUGACCGAAGAGGUCCUCACAAAGAACAAUGAAAAGAGACAUUACAUGACCUACUGCGACAUGAACUGGGGCAAAACACAAAGCGUCGAGCGUCAGAUCCUGCAAUGCAGUAACAAACCCGUCACUUUCGAGUUCCCCAACUGGGAUCCUCCCAAGGGCUCCUGCACUGGCGUCAAUGCGGUCCUGGAGAUGAACGUUGGCGCCAUGGAUCCUCGUCUGAUUUUCUCUCCCAUUGGUGAGCCGCUGAUGAUCGUUGGCGCUCACGGUAGAAGCAGCUGCUGGUCUCAGUUUAUCACCGACAUACGCAUUUUUGCUCCCGAACUCGGCCCGAAAUUGAACAUCACGCACGUCCCGAUCCGAUUCUCGAAACCCACCGAGCUCCCACGCGACAAUGACGAUUCUCUGCAGAAGAAUUGGUUCUUGAUGUUUGAUGAAAACGACGUGCCUUAUGUCCACCGCUCUUUUAUGAACCGGUCAUUGACGUCAAUCGAAGGACUCUUCAACGGCGCCCCCACUCCUGAAGAAAGGAAAAACGCUUUAACAGACACCAGCACUCCUGGAUGCCUUCAGGAUCUACUCGACACCAGCGUCACCGAUUCGCAAGACUUCAAGAGCAAGAUCCAUCAAGCGACAAACUCUCUACGCGUCACUCUCUGCGAUUUCCCGUGCAUCCCCACAAUCCACAACACAGUCAACAUCGAGAUCUUCCACGUCAAGUACCAGUACAACCUCGAGGUGUUUUACCGCCGGUUCGUGGUCAUGAUGAACAUAACUGCUCCUUUCGAAGUUGUCGGUCGCACGAACAACUUGAUCUAUGUUGGUUCAGAUGAGAAGAUGAUGCUCUUCACCGUCUCGCUGUCGUGGGAUCAUCGCAACAUGCCGAAACGCGGUCCAUGGGAAGAACAUCUUUACGGAGGAAGUGACAUCUGGAGUGUUUUGGAGGAUGAAGAAAUUGACGCGACUGAGAACACUAGAAAAGAUAUUUCUACUCCUUUAGAGGACGGCGAUUUCGGUGCUCCCGCUACGUCCAACGUGGGUGGCUCUGAAGCUGCGCCGAUUACAAAGCCCGAUUCCGAUGGCUUUGACGAACCUAUCAAUCCGUCUCCAGUUCUACCACCUGUUCCUCAAGCCUCAUCCGCCACUCCAGGAACCUCACCCAACGACUGGAAUCAAGUUCGAAAGAGAGAUCUCCUACAACUUGACGACGAGGCCAUUCGCAAAGACCUCGAACUCGUCAGUAACUACGAUAAGGUCUACGGUCUUCCCGCUCUAAAAAAGAACAAGCUAGUCAACGACUACUACCACGGCUGGCUCGACGACGUCAUCAUGAUCCACUUCGGCAUCAGAGACUCCGAAAGCGGUGUGCUACACGUUCGUGCGCAUAAUCUACUCGACUGCUACAGCCUGUGCGGUUCCGGUGUGAAGAAACCAAAGGCGGAAGUUGAGGAUGAUAACACAUUCUAAAUAUAAUGCAUUAUUUGUUUCAUUGAUUGCACGUUUGGCAAUGGAGUAUUGUAUAUAUAUAAUGUUCUUUUAAUUUUGGGCUGUAUUUAAGAUGGAAACCCUAAAGAUAUUCGUGAUAAAACCGUCGCUGCUUUGCUGUAUCCUAGACACUAUGAAUAUAAACUAUAACGC